AUGCCGUAUAUACUCGCACCGACAGAGCGUCCUCUGAGCUCAGAUCAACAGGUUAUCGGUGGGAAUAACCGCAAAAGGUUAUGGUCAUUCAACCUUGAUAAUCUUUUAGGAAGAAAAAGCCUUAAGCAAUAUAUCAGAUCCAUCUAUAGAUACAUUGCGUCCAGAAUUGGAUAUGGUAUCCCUCCAAGCAGAAGACUCCAAGUUUACAUCGACAAAGUCGAAGAAAGGCCUAAUGAAAAGGUGGAACUACUUAUUCAGCUAGUAGAAGGAACAACAAUGGUAGCGGAGAACCUCUUCCCGCUUCUUCAACCGCUACAGCACCUGAGGUUCAGGCAUCACAUACACGGCUUUCUGUCCACAAAAGAUGAAACACAAAUGUUCAAACUUUUGAAUGCAGGCGACAAAUUAGUCGAAUCGAUUUCCGAAGUCCAUGAAAAGGUACUUGCGGAACUUAUCGGCGGAGUAGACCUACGCCGCGACCAGGUUAUGCGGAUGAGACGGCUUUGGUUGGACGUUGAGUUAAGGGUGGAGGAAUUCUUGACUGAGAAGUAUCUGCUUCUCGCGAAAUUUCAGGGAGUGACUAUUAUCUCUAGUCAAGUCUCUUUGGUGAAGAUCUUUUUUUUUAUUUUUUUAGCUUGCCUUGCCAUCUCGUCCGGCUUUAUCAUCAUUCACACGGCUGAUAAAGUGGCUGUUGACGAUGGCGAAACUGGGUCGUUUAACCGUUGA